AUGCCAAGUAAAUCAGGUCCAGUAUUUGUGGAUGGGAAGUUGCAGAUUCUCGAGAUGAAUGAGGAAACAAUCACUGAAAACACAGUUGCAAUCAACUCUCAGCACGAUGAUAAGAGAUUGACAUUCAUAAUGGACAGAUUAGUUCAUCAUUUGCAUGAUUUCGCGAGAGAAACAAGAUUAACUACCGAUGAAUGGGAUGCGGGAAUUCAAUUCUUGACUGAAGUUGGUAAAAUGUGUUCAGAUAUAAGACAAGAGUUUGUAUUAUUAUCUGACACUUUAGGAUUGUCUGUUUUAGUGGACAGUCUUUCUCAUCCAAAGCCAAAAGAAGCCACUAUUGGAACCUUAUUGGGACCAUUCCACACACAUGAUGCAGUAUUCCACGAAGAUGGAACUUCUAUUUGUUCAGAGGGAAAAGGUGAACCAAUGCUUAUUGAAGGAUUAUUGACAGACACCAAGGGAAAUCCAAUUCCUAAUGCAACAAUUGACUUAUGGGAAUGUGACGAAAAUGGAUUUUACGAUACUCAGUACUCUGAUAGAGAUGGAGCGGACAUGAGAGGUAUUAUACGUACCGGUGAAGAUGGUUCUUUCCAUAUUAAAUGCACUAAGCCAGUGCCAUACCCUAUUCCUCAUGAUGGGCCGGUUGGAAGAAUGUUGAAAAAAAUCAACAGACAUCCAUAUAGACCUGCUCACAUUCACUUUAUUAUUGAAAAGGAAGGUUACGAUAAGCUUAUUACUGCAUUGUAUUUAAAAGGUGAUUAUGAAACAUCAGAUGCUGUUUUUGGUGUCAAAUCAGAAUUAUUAUUUUCCUUAGAUAAAUUAGGCAAAGAAAAAGCAGUAAAAUACAAUAUGAAGGAAGAUGAUUGGUAUUUGAAUUGGCAUUUCAGGAUUAUCACAGAAGAAGAAUCAAGAAAAUUAGUCUUAACUAAAAAUACUGAUGCUUUGAAAGCAUUAGGUAAAGGCAAUUUCACUAUCAAUGAAAAUGGUUUGCCAAUAGCAGCUCCAUUAGAUUAG